GUCACUUGAAAGCUAUCACUGCCCACAAGGCAUGGCGAAAGGAUCGCAGCUGUCUCAGCUCAAGUCAGCCUUAUCUCAUGCGGGGAUCAGCAAACCUUCACAGCAUGGAAAAAAACGCAAGCGUUCAGGCUCUACUGACCAGGAUAAAAUCAAGAAGGCAGCCAAGCUUCAGGAGAUACACCGAAAGCUGAAUCCCUUCGACGUCAAGGUUACGAAACUAAAACAUGACGUUGGUGGACGCAAGAUCAAAGGGUCCAAGGGACAGCCCGCACAGAGCAAGCAAGCGGGUAUUCAACAGCGCGAGAAGACUCUAUUGAAAGAGUUCCAGGAGAGAGGCCGCGUCGGUGGAGUCGUCGAUAGGCGUUUCGGUGAAAAUGACCCUUCUAUGUCGCUGGAGGAACGUAUGCUCGAGCGUUUCACGAAAGAAAGGCAGCGAGCUUCGAAAGGAAACGUAUUCAAUCUCGAGGGCGAAGAAGAGCUUACUCACUAUGGCCAAAGCCUCUCGAAGCUAGAUGAUUUUGACAACGUUGGUUUGCCUAUGGAUGAAGACGAUGACGAAGAUCCAGGUCAAAUUGAUCGCGACAUUGUGGGGAGGGCACACUUUGGCGGCUUUGGCGAUGAGGAUGAGGAAGAUGAUGAUCACAAUCCCGACCGGAAGAAAUCAAAGGCGGAAGUUAUGGCGGAACUCAUCGCGAAAAGUAAAGAGCAUAAGGCCCGCCGUCAACUGGAAAAAGAGCAAGAGGAGAGUAUGCGGUAUCAACUCGAUCAAGACUUCGAUUCCUUAAGAAGUCUGCUCUUCGCGCCUGACGCACAGCCAACCGACAACAACGUAGUUUCUCAUCAGCUUUCCAAGUCCUCCGUAGACAUAGACGAGCAACUGGACUACGACAGACAAGUUCGCGAACUCGCAUUUGAUCAACGCGCAAAGCCAAAAGACCGAACAAAAACUGAAGAGGAGCUUGCGCUUGAGGAGAAAGAGGCUUUAGAGAAGGCGGAAAAGCAGCGAAGGCGCAGAAUGCUUGGGGACGAUGGUGAAGACAGCGACGAGGGCGGAAAGAGUCACGGCAAACGAAAGAGGGAGCGUGGGGGCGACGACCUUGAGGACGAUUUUGCAGUGGACGAAUCGUGGGGAGGUAUUGGGUCAGGAUUGGGUGAGGUUGACAUAAACGACCAGGCGAUUGAUCAAAGCGAAGACGACGACGGAGGUGCGGAUGACAACGGCGAUACUGGCGACGAAGAUGAGGAUAGUGAUGCGGAGGAGGGAAGUGAAACAAACUUUGGCAGUCAGACAAGCAGUGCCUCUGGAGGCGAGAUCGACGAGAUCACCACCAGCCAGAGGUCAGAAAAACUCAAGCCGCCUGGUGUUCGAAAGGAAUUGCCCUUCACUUUCCCUUGCCCCGAGUCGCACGAGGAGUUCCUGAAGAUUAUUGGAGAAAUAGAUGACACGGACGUGCCUACCGUAGUUCAGCGCAUACGCACGUUGCAUCACCCAAGCCUUUCCCCAGAAAAUAAAGUGAAGCUUCAGAACUUGACAUCAGUCCUUGUCGACCAUAUACUCUAUAUCACAUCACCUCCUACCCCACGAUUCACGCUCCUGAACUCUAUUCUUCCCCACCUCUUUGCACUUUGUCGUUCGUACCCGUUCGAAUCUGCUGGAUUUUUCGUGGAAAAACUCUCGCUGAUGCACAAAAAUCUGGAACGGGGGUUAUCUCGAGGAGCCCUAGAACUUGGUGCAAGAACAUGGCCCGGACCAGCUGAGUUGUCCCUUCUUCGCGCCAUCGGAGCAAUAUGGUCUAGCAGCGAUAUGAGCCAUCCCGUCAUUUCACCUGCACGGCUUCUCAUGGGUGCUUACUUGGGACUGUGUCGUGUACGGUCACUGAUGGACGUGACGAGCGGGCUCUUCUUAUCUUCCAUCUGCCUUCAGUACGAGGAAUUGUCCAAACGCCUGAUCCCAGAAGCGGUUAAUUUUUCUAUCAACGCAGUCUUGCACCUGGCACCGAGCUCUCUCAAAAAUUUCGCAUCGAUACCCGGUUCGUUUCCUUCCCCCGACUUCCGGUCAGAUCUCUGCGCACCCCUCGCGAUCGACAUGAAGAAGUCCAAGCAUCUUGACUUCCGUAUACCAAGUCUGCAUCGUCUCAUGACUUGCAGCGAGUAUAGAGAGCAGGAUAAAAUUGAUUUGCUAGGUCUCGCUUUUCGCCUUCUGGAACGGUUUUCAGAAAUGUACAAGAGCCUUGACGGAUUUAUUGAACUCUAUCAGCCUGUUCUAGAUAUUCUGACGAAACUUGAUAUCACACAACUUUCGGAGGGCGUUCGAACGCGAAUAUCCUCUUUGCAAGAUAAGCUCACCAGGUUAUUGAAGUUUUCUCGUCAAGCUCGUAGACCUCUUCUACUUCAGGCCCACAAACCAAUUCCGAUCCCAACAUAUAUACCCAAGUUUGAGACGAGUUCCUCCUCCUACUUACGGCGGCAGGAUCCAGAUCACGAACGUAACGAAGCCUCAAAGCUUCGCUAUCAGCUCAAACAGGAGAAGAAGGGAGCCAUUCGCGAGCUCAGGAAGGAUGCGAAGUUCUUGGCAGCUGUAGAGCACAAGCAACAGGCUGAAAAGGAUCGCGCUUACAAGGAGCGCAUGAAUAAGGCGUUUACAUCAUUGGAGGGUGAAAGAGCUGAACAAAAGGCCAUGGAUAGAGAAAAAGCGAAAGAAAAGCGUCGAUCUGGACGCAAGUAAAUUAUAUACAUGUAACUAAUAAAGGUGAAUAUGCUGUAUUCCAGGACUCGACAGGUCCAGGUUUAGCCU